AGUUGCGUUGUCAAUCGGCGAGGCCGCCCUCGUUUCCUUGGCGCGGGCAGUCAUGGUGCGCUUCAAGUCCAGGUACCUUCUAUGUGAGAUAGUGUUUGAGAAACCACACUAUCGCCAGCAAUUAGAUGUCCGAAGCAUCAUUCGAAAUGUAAGAAACACAAUCAGUCAAAUACAUGGUGACUUUGGCAUUGGCUGUUGUAGUUUACGUCUGGAAGUCACAUACCUAAAUGCCUACACAGGGAUCGUCUUAAUAAGGUGUCAAAAAGACUUCUACAGAAUGCUGUCGACAGCGCUGAUGUUUGUCACCUUUCUGGAGAACAAGAACCAAAAGUUCCAUUGUUUUUUUAACACGUUACAUGUGGCAGGUACAAUUCGAAGCUGCCAAAAGUUCCUGAUCCAAUAUAAUCGCAAGCAGUUGCUGCUGCUCCUCAGAGGCUGCAAAACCAAAAGGAGCGGGGGGAGCUUCGGAUCGAUCGCUACUGGAUUCAUGUGUGUAAUCAUGGCGUUUGCCAUGACCCGCACAACGGAGGGGGGUCCAGCAGUAUAGUAGGUUUUCAACAGACUAACCCAAAAUGAAGACAAUAGCAUUCAAGCCAAAUAAGAGAAAUUAUAAUAGAGAAGCACGAUCUGGGGAAGAGUAAAAGACCAUCUCAAAAGGCACUGAACAUGCCUCAGAGCCUGGUGCAGUCCAUCAUGAAAAAGUGGAAGAAAUAUGAAACUAGGCCACUCUAAUCGCUAGAGAAGAAUGGCACUUAUAAGAGAGGCUACUGUGAUGCCAACAGUCACUCUGAAUGAGCUGCAGAGAUCAACGGCAAUAACUGGAGAUGAAGUUCAUGGCUCCCCAUUUUCUAAGCCUUGCACAAAAAGAGUAUUUAUACAAGAGUGUUAAAGAAGCCAUAGAUUUUUUCUUUUUUUAAAAAGCCCGUAAAGACUUUGCAAAGCAUCACUUACAAGAUGAUGUAAAGAUGUAGAAGAAGGUCUUCUGGUCAGAUGAGACUAAAGUUGAACUUUUUAGCCUCAACACCUAGUGGUACACAUGAUACUGCUCAGCCAGGUAGCACCAACCCUACGUCAUGCUAUGGGAUGUUUUUCAGAAGCAGGGACUGGAAAUCAGCUCAGAAUUGAUGGGAAGCCGAAUGCUGCUAAAUACAGGGAGAUCCUGGGUAAAACCCUGCUGGUCUCUGCCAGUAAGCUUAAACUGGCGUUCAUCUUUCAAAAGGAAACCCAAAGCACAUUGCCAGAACAACCAGACUGGCUUCAAAUGAAGAAAAUUCAUAUCCUUGGGUAGCCCAGUCAGAGUCCCAACCUUAACCCGAUCAAAAAUCUCCAGCAAGACCUCCACUGCUGCUCCCCAACUAACUUGGCACAGCUUGAGCAAUUUUGCAAGGAGGAAUGGACAAAUCUUGCUCCAUCACAUUAUGCAAAGCUAACUAACUAUAUGCAUAUGCAUAUCCAAAAAGACUACUUUUGGAUACAAAGCUAUAUGCAUAUCCAAAAAGACUACUGGCUUUAACAGCUGCAAGGAGUGGUUCA